AUGUGUGAUAUAUUUAAAAUUAAACUUCAACAGACUACACAUGCACUUGGCGUAUUAGCCUAUAAUCAAAGAUUGCUUAUUGACAAUACAAACGAAGAUGAUUUAUUUGCUUUAUUAAAACGAUAUGAUGAACAAAGACAAAUUGUAAAACAACUAGAAACACAAUUGAAAAGCGCUACAUUAAAAACAAAAUCACAGAGUCAACAAAUUCAAGAUCAGCGACAACGUCGUCUGACUGCUGCAAAUAGAGCAGCUAGAUUGCAUAAAAGUCUUCAACAAAUCUAUGAUAUAAUAAAUUAUCGCGGUCAUCACACGUCACCUAUAGAUCAAUUGCAUUAUAUUAAAAAAAUAUGUGAAGAUAGAAUAAGAGAUGAAAUGUCUUCGGAAGAUGACGAUGAAGAUGAACUUGAUAGUCGUAAUUGUACAAUUGAUGAGGAUCAAAAUGAAAGUAUUAUAAUGCAUCCUCGUGUUGUUCUACCUCAAUCAUCAACUAAAAAACGUCUGUUAAAUCAUGAUGACAAUAGUUUAGAAAAAAUGAUGUCACCACCCAAACGUCUUCGCUAUGAAGAUUCACAUCAAAUAAAUAAUCCUUCCUCACAACGUAUUAUUGCUCAAACAACAUUUGAAUGUUAUACAUCAGAUAAUAUGACUCGACCAUUUACUGUUUCAACGGAUAUUAAAAUGUUGGAUAAUUCAUGUAAUGAACAGCGAAGUUGUUUAACAAUUAGUAGCGAUAAUACAUUAUCGUCAUCAACCAUUAACAGUUCAAAAACAGCCUCAUCAUCAUCAAUCGAACAAACUUUACCAAUGUCUUCAACGAAACUAUCAACUUUAGCACAUCGUUUUAUAUCAAGAAAAGUUUUCAAACCAGAAACUUGUUUUGUGUGUCUUAAACGUAUCAAUUUUGGUUCGGUAUCAUAUCGUUGUUCAUAUUGUUCUCAAUCAAGUCACGUUAAUUGUAAAGAAAAUGCAGGUUCAAAUUGUAAAACAUUGUCGAAUAAUGCAAUGUUGCCACCCUAUUCGCCUAAAACUCCAACAGUUCCAACUUUGAAUAGUACUCAUCGACAACGAAUGGUAAGUUCGGAACCUCGAAAAACAACAACAACAUAUGCAUCGACGAUUCAACGACGUUUACCAUUCGAACGCAUGAUGUCACAUAAAAAUAAUAAUGGAAAUCCUAGCAAAUAUUUUUCUCCUAUUUAA